AUGGAGCCAACCCGCGUGCCGGCGGAGCGCGUGGACAACAUCUUCUUCAAGAAGCUCGGCGUCGAAUUCCGCCUCGCGUCGGCCAAGGACGUGCAGGAUGCGAGCCGGCGCGACGAUGGACGGCCAGGAUCCGACGGCGAGGAUGAUAACGGCGGGUUCGGAGGGGACGGGCUGUCGCUGCCUCCCGGCGGGUCUCGCCUGGCCGUUUCCAACAAGUUCGGCGUCUCCGUGCUCGCCGGCGCUUGCGGCUUCUACGCGGCGCACACGCGCGAUCUGCUCGUCGUCGCCAUGGGCUACAAACGCCGCGCCGAGGCGGGCGACACAUUCCUCGACGCGCCGCUCUAUGCCGGCGCUACAGCCGUGCGGCGCUACCGCCAGGACGGCAUCACGGCUGUAGCGCUGGCGGCGGACGAGCUCACGCUGGCGGUUGUAGCGGGCGCGCGCGUCGCGCUCUACAGCCUGCCGGCGCUGGUCGCGCCGUCUCCUGUGCUCAAAACAGACGAGGAGGCGCUGGUGGCGGAGGGGGCGGCGUGCAAGGCGGCGGAGGCGAGCGGCGCAGCAGUGCGCAUGGAGAGCCCCCCCGCGCCCCUGCACACUGUACACGUCGCGGAGGCCCUGCAGGCCACGGGGCGGGGCGGAGAGGGGGAGGAGGGCGCGCGCGUGGCGGAGUGGGGGUGGAACCCGGAGGUGGCGGGGAGCUUUAUGAUGCGCACGGAGGGGGGGAUGGUGCUGGCAGGGCGCGUGGGGCAGGCGGGACUCAAGCUCGUUGCUGAUGGCGCAGCUGCUGGUAUGCAUUCCGCUGCUGCUCUCUGCUUUAGCCUCUCUCCCUUCCACCCGUCACCCCCUCCCCACCCUUUUUCCCAUCACGCCUCCCUCAGCCGCGUGGAGCCCCUGUGGCAUGUUCCUUCUGGCAGUGUGCUCCCCUCCGCGUGGAGCCCGUGUGGCAUGUUCCUGGCGGUGUGCUCCGCCUCAGCGCGUCUCACCUUCCACUCCGACCUGCUGCUGCCGCUCUUCUCGCUCUCCCUUGAUCUUCCCCCCUUGGGCGAUUGCCCCACAUCGGUGACAUCGGUGCGGUGGGUAGCACCCAACGCGCUGCUGGUGGAGGGGGAGGCGGAGGAUGAGGACUUUGGGGAGCCCACACGCUCGCUCUUCUGCCUCUCCUCAUUACACGGCAACCUGCACGAGGUAUGCUCUCUGCUGCACGGCAACCUGCACGAGGUAUGCUCUCUGCUGCACGGCAACCUGCACGAGGUAUGCUCUCUGCUGCACGGCAACCUGCACGAGGUAUGCUCUCUGCUGCACGUCAACCUGCACGAGGUAUGCUCUCUGCUGCACGGCAACCUGCACGAGGUAUGCUCUCUGCUGCACGGCAACUUGCACGAGGUAUGCUCUCUGCUGCACGGCAACCUGCACAAGGUAUGCUCUCUGCUGCACGGCAACCUGCAUGAGGUAUGCUCUCUGCUGCACGGCAACCUGCAUGAGGUGCGCCCUGCCCUCUGCACAGUGUGCCAAGACCGCUGCAUCUUUCCACUCCUUCCCUCGCCCUGCUGCUUGAAGCAUGUUCCUUCCGUGCUGGCCCAUCACCCCGCGCUCUCACCCCUUACCUCCCGUGCUGGCUCCACCCACCCCACCCCACCCACCCCGCCUGUGUGGGCCGGGCAGGAGGCGAGCAGCAAGCAGGUGCGCCAGCUGGAGGGGGCGUUUGCCGGCGUGGAGGACGUGCCAGGUGGCGGCAUGCUAUUGGCCACGCUGCAGCAGUGGUGCGUGCCGUGCCUCUCCUCCUCAACAGCCCACUGUUGCAUUGCAUGCCCUCCGUCCCCUUGCGCAUGCAUGUGUCUUUCAACAGCAACCCAUUGA